UGACAAGGAUAAAUGUAGGCCCAUAGUCACGUAGCCAAAUGAUUCGUAUUUACAGUAGUAGGGAUUGGUAGGGAUCUCUUGUUGUUCUCCCGUAGUUGUGUCUUGUAGUUAGUGUGGUUAGUUGCCAUUGUGAAAUCACAGCAGCAAUAUCCAAAAUGUCCUUCCUUGCAAGAAGGAGCUUAUCUGUCGAUGGACUAAGGGUUAACAGCGCAUCUCCGCUACUCAAACUACAGCGAGUCAGAAGUACCAUAGCAAGUAGAAAUGAUAAUGAAGAAUAUCAAUAUAUUCAAAGAAGCUCAGUACCUACAAUGCACUUUCAAAAAUCUUUACCACGUCUUCCAAUACCCAAAUUGGAAAGCUCUUGCAAGAGAUAUCUGAAGGCACAGGAGCCACUUUUAAUAGAAGAACAACUGAGACAUACUGAGUCCUGUGUAGAUCGAUUUCUUAAAGAGGAUGGACCGACGCUUCAACGUGAACUCGAGAAGAAAAACUCUAAAAAUCGUCACACCAGUUACAUAACCGAAUACUGGUCUGAUAUGUAUCUUAGAGACCGUCAACCCCUUCCAAUUAAUUACAACCCCAUAUUGAUAUUUACUCCCGAAACGGAUCCUCGUUACAAUCAGCAGCUGGUAAAAGCAACGAACCUCUUGAUCUCGUCACUUAGGUUUAUGAAAUCCUUGCGCUCUGGUAUUCUGGAACCGGAGGUAUUUCAUUUGAAUCCAAAGAAAUCGGACACCAAGUUAUUUCGCCAAAUUACCAAAGCUCUACCACCCGUUCUCUCCUGGUACGGUGCCUACCUCUUCAAGGCUUUUCCACUGGACAUGUCUCAAUAUUCAAAUCUUUUCAACUCUACGAGAAUUCCUGAGUUCGACAAGGAUCGGAUUAGUCAGGAUAUUUCCGGGAGGCACGUGGUUGUCAUACGCAGAGGCCACUUUUAUUCGUUUGAUGUCUUGGAUGAGAAUAAUUACAUCCAGUCGCCAGUGGAUAUAGCUUCUAAUCUAAAUGCAAUUUUACAAGAUGAUAGAGAAGCAAAUGAAAAUCCUGUUGGCGUAUUAACAACGUGCGAGCGAGAUCAUUGGGCCACAAUAAGACAUCGCUUGACGGAGACUGGAAAUCGUGACAUUCUUAAGACUAUAGACUCUGCUCUGUUUGUGCUCGUUUUAGAAGACGAAUCCAUCGGUACGGAUUAUAAUGCAAUGUUAAGAAUGUUUUUGCAUGGGAACGGAACAAGCAGAUGGUUCGACAAGUCCUUUUCUUUAAUCGUGGCUAAGGAUGGUGUCGCUGGAGUCAACUUUGAACAUUCUUGGGGCGAUGGGGUUGCUGUACUAAGAUAUUUUAAGGACAUAAAGGAUGAUAUAGCAGAAAAACCAAAAUUUCAUCCUGAAGACAUAUCGAGUGUCCGAAGUGGCCCCUUGGUCAAGAAGCUUGAAUUUACUGUGGAUCCAACCGUGAAGGAAGCGAUCAAUCAGGCUCAAGAUAAGUACAAAAAAUGGACGAGUAAUCUGGAUGUGAACUAUUUUGUGCAGGAAGGUAUCGGUAAGAAGGAGUUCAAAAAAUUUGCCGUGAGUUCUGAUGCGGUGAUGCAACUGGUAUUUCAAUUAGCAUUUUACAAGCAAGAAAGUCGUAUGGUAGCGACUUACGAAUCUUGCAGCACGGCAGCUUUCAAACAUGGUCGCACUGAAACUCUCAGGUCUUGUACAAACGAAACUAAGGCAUUUUGCGAAGCCAUCACUCAACGCUCCUCGAAAAUAUCCACUUCCGAAUUGAAGAAUAUGAUAGUCGACUGUAGCAACAGGCAUAAUAUACUUGUCAAAGAAGCGGCUAUGGGCCAAGGAUUCGAUAGGCAUUUGUUCAGUUUGAAAAAGUUAUGGGAAAUUUCGAAAACUGUUAAACCCGCCAUUUUUGAAGAUCCAGCUUACGAUGCACUGAAUCAUAAUAUUUUAUCUACUUCUACUCUCUCGAGUCCUGCUGUAAUGGCUGGAGGUUUUGGUCCUGUAGUACCUGACGGAUUCGGCUUAGGAUAUAUGAUUCAAGAGAAUAUGCUUGGUGCUGUGAUAACGAAUUAUAAGGAUCAACGUAAUGGCCACGAUUACCUGUCCUGUCUGGACUCAGCAUUUAAAGACAUAUAUAGAAUAUUGGCGAAGAGUUAAAACGUGUAACGAACUGAAUGAUAUUCUUACGACCAGAAUUGUGUCUUGCCAAUGAACGAAAACUAAGUUUUUUUGUUUUAAUAUCAUUGUAUUGUUACUGCCUACCUGCGAAAUGGUACUAUUCUGCAACGAAGUCCAUUUUAGAACAUUGUUUGUUAUAUACAGAGAAUUUAUAUUUCAUAUAUAAUAAAUAUAUAUUCUAUAAAGACA